CUCUCACGUUGACACGACGCCGACCCUACUAAAAAAUACGGAGUUACAACUCUUUACCAUCCGAAAGAAGGAAGAAACAACGAAGCAAUCAGAAUAAGAAUAUUUUAAGAAGCACAUCAUCAUGGCGUGCUGCAAAUCCUUACUGGCGAGGAGAAUAGUACUGUAAGUGUUCGGGUGUUGAUUUGGCGUUCUUUAUUCGCUUUUUCUGUGGGCUGAUGUGCUAACAGUUAGGACUCGUUUUGUUCCUGAUUUCGAUGGCAUCGUGCUAUCCACUCCUUUGUGCUCCAAAACGACAGGUGGUACAUUCUGCUCGGAUCGAUCGUCAUCCUACCGCUGACAUUCAACGCGAGCAUGGGAUGCAGGUUCGUUACCAUUUCUGGUGAGGACCAAUCCCAGAGCCUGGGAGCCUUCAACUUCGCGGUCUACGACGGCGAAGAGGUUGGCGGAGGAAGCAACAACUUUCUGGGCUGUGUCAGCAAUUCGGAAUUCUGGAAACAAGAAACCAGCAACGACAUUGGCUUCCUGGCGAACCGCAUCGCUAGCGCGCUCUUGCUGGCCUUCACGGUGCUCGCAACAAUCAUCUGUACCUGCCUUCAGUGCUUCAGCAAGCACGGAAAGUCGCACCUCUGGAACGUAAUGCGGGUCUUGUACCUGGGAGCCAUGGUGAGCCAGGGCGCUAUGUACAUCGUCUUCGCUUCAGACCUGUGCACAGGCGGUGACGGCACCGAGCAGCUGUGCUUUGUCGGGACGACCGGGAUCGUCGGAAUGUUCAACUUUGUGUUGCUCUUCGGAAUGGUCGUCGCGACCUUCAACUCGCUCCCCCCACGCAACCCGGUCUUCCAGUGCUGGGGCAGCGACGCCGACUACGAAUCUGACGACGACGGAUCCACCGAGGAGGAAGAGGACGAGGUCAUGAGAAAGUUCAAGUCCUUCGGAGAAGCCGGGCACAGCGCGAGCAUCUCGGCCGUUGAAAACGACAGCGUUUCCUUGUUCGGGGGAUCGCGAAUGUCGAAGAAAUCCCGUAGGUCUGUGCGAUCGAAAACGCUAGACGACGAAGACGCGGUGUCAAAAGCAGAGAAAGGCCUUUCCAGCGCCGGCAGCGGCAGGCAAUCCAUCGGUUCGACUGGCAAAAAGGACAGUGGAUCCGUGGUCAGCUCCAAGAGCCUGAAAUCUUCUGCUUCCGAGAAAUCAAAGAAACCCGUGCCCGGUGUGACCGCCGUGCCCACGGCCGACAGUGCAUCUGUAUCGAGUGGGAAGAGCGGCCGAAGCGCAUCAAAAUUCAUGCCCUUCGUUUCGAAAUACAUGUCCAAGGACAGCAAGUCCGGGGACAACGAAUCCGUUGCCAGUGGAAGAAGCAAAAUGUCGUCGGGCUCCAACAUCGACGAAAUGCAUACGGAUUCUCUUCUCUCGAAAUCGAGCAACUUUUCUACCAAAUCCCAGGAAAUGGCCAACUUCAUCAGCCAGCUUAUCGAAAUGACCGAGUUGAACGAAGGAGGACGACGGGUGAAAGCCGACGAACAAGAGAACAAAGUCCAAAUUGUCGACGAAUACCCAAAAGAAGAGGGCAAGGAAAUCGAAUCCAGUCCCAGCUCCGAUGUCGUGAAGAUCCGAACGGAGUACUAUGAUCUAGGGUCAAGAACCACCAAGGAAAUCACCCACCGUGACGGAUCUUGCACGAUUGUGACUACCAUUCUAGGAGACACUGCAAUAGUGCAACCAAAACAAGCCGUUGACGCCCCAAUCCAGGUGGCAGCCUCCGCGGGAUCUAUCUCCGACUCCUCGAAAUACAAGGUACUGAAAACAAUGUCUUCGGAGGACACGUCAACGAUAUUGAAACAAAAGGCCGUAGGACAGGGUGAAUUCGCUCUUUAAACUUGGUGUUUAUCGAGCGAUGCACUAAAGCCAACGGUGUAGAUUGCUACGCCUCGAACGACGAACGAAAAAUAAUAUCUUCCUUCGAUACCGCUCUGGUUUCUCUUGGGAAAUUAAAUUGGCAGGAACUGAACUGAAAAAAGGCUCUUGUCAUGAUUUGUUGUGCACGUGUAGUACGUGCUCAAACAAUACACUUGGCCAACGGUCCCCACUAGUGUUCCUUGUAUUUAAUAUUAAAUAAUAUUUGUAUAA